GGGCGCUAGAGGAAAAGACGGCGUUGUUGUGGAAGCGGCCAUUUUUAUUUGUGUUAUUCCUGUUCGAUAUAAAACCACAGGGUGUAUUAUAAUAUAUAUAUAUAUAUAUAUAUAUAUAUAUAUAUAUAUAUAUAUAUAUAUAUUAGUGCUUUAUCCGAGCGCAGGGUACAGGUUCUGUUCUUUAUGUAGUGAAGGAGUCGAGCAGGCAGCAAGAUGUCGGCCCAGGCGCAGAUGAGAGCGCUGCUGGACCAGCUCAUGGGAACGGCCAGGGACGGUUCAGUGUAUCUUUGCCAGCCUACAUCAAUCUGCACGGGAGUUGCAGAAAAGCCUCAUGUUCAUCGAGCCGAGAUGAGUCUCGACAGCGGGUGAAGUUCACGGAUGAGCGAGUGUGUAAGUCUCACCUGCUGAACUGCUGUCCACAUGACAUCCUGUCUGGCACGCGCAUGGACCUGGGCGAGUGCUCCAAGAUCCAUGACCUGGCUCUGAGGGCUGACUAUGAGAUUGCGUCUAAAGAGCGAGACCUGUUCUUCGAGCUGGACGCCGUGGAUCAUCUGGAGUCCUUCAUCGCUGACUGUGAUCGGAGAACCGAGCUCGCGAAGAAACGUCUGGCCGAGACUCAGGAGGAGAUCAGCGCAGAGGUCGCCGCCAAGGCGGAGAAGGUGCAUGAGCUGAACGAAGAGAUCGGGAAGCUCUUGGCCAAGGCAGAGCAGCUCGGCGCUGAGGGGAACGUGGAUGAAGCUCAGAAGGUCCUCCAGGAAGUGGAGAAAGUGCGCACUAAGAAGAAAGAUGCUGAGGAGGAGUACAGGAACUCCAUGCCUGCCUCCAGUUUCCAGCAGCAGAAGCUCAGAGUUUGUGAGGUGUGCUCCGCCUAUCUGGGUCUCCAUGACAACGACCGUCGUCUUGCCGACCACUUCGGUGGAAAACUGCACCUGGGCUUCAUUCAGAUCAGAGAAAAGCUGGAGCAGCUGAAGAAAACAGUCCUGGAUAAGCAGGAGCGGCGAAACCAGGAGAGACUGAAGAGGAGAGAGGAGAGGGAGCGUGAGGAGAGGAUGAUGAGGAAGAGGACCAGAUCACGCAGCCGUGAGCGCAAGAGUUCUCGUGAUGGCGAGCGUGAGAGAGAGCGAGAGAGGAGACGGCGAAGAUCUCGCUCUUCUUCCCGGGAGAGACGCAGAACAAGAUCUCGAUCCAGAGACAGAGAGAGACGCAGGAGACACCGGUCACGCUCCAGAUCUCCCUCGCACUCUCGCAGGGAGCCCUCGCACAGGUCAUCCCGGGACCGUCUUAACGGGAGGGCGGAGUCUCGUCGCUCCGAAAACAGAGAGUCUGGAGAGCUUUGAGGACCGUUACCCAGCCUCCCCUCUGGCACAGUUACCAUGGGAACUACUGUGUGUCACUUGGCUAUGCGUACAUCCUCUCCCCCUGCCCUGACCCUAUCUCACCCCUUCCACAGACGAGUGCAGUGUUGCAGCUCUUUAUUCCUUCACAGAGCAGCACCACUGUACUCCAUGUUCCCUCUGCCCCAGUGCAUUAUGGUCUCUGUAGUGUUUACACACUGUCUGGUGUGUGUGUGUGUGUGUGUGUGUGUGUGUGUGUGUGUGUGUGUGUGUGUGUGUGUGUGUGUGUGUGUGUGGGACAGCCAUGUUUCCCCCCAACCAGCAGAUGGAGCUAGAUACAUGUACACUCCUGUGAGGAGCAGAAGGUUAGAGAUGGGUGUGGGUGAAGUGUAGGACUCACCAUGGUGUAGAAUUCCUCUUCCUGUUCUUUUAUAAAGCGCCUCUGAUUCGUCUCGUCCUCUGUUUAACGCAUUAAUAAACAGAUUUUAUCAACAUCA